GAGAAAUCUGCCCUAGCUGUGCGGGUCGCCAACUCAACUACUGCCCUGGAUGUGACGUGCUCCACAUGUCGUAUUGCUCACAUUACACCUUAGGUUUACACCACACUGCAAGGAAUCUUUGAAGUGAGACAGCAAGACAACUGGUGUACUCACAACUCUUGAUACCCUGUGAGGUUUCAUCCUCCAAGAAAACAUGACGGACACCAAACGUCUCGCGUUCUCAAUCAUCCAGUUCCUCCAUGACCAGGUGAACUCUGGCGGGUUGUCGUCGGACACGCAGGAGAGUUUAGAAGUUGCAAUCCAGUGUCUGGAGACCGCGUUCAGCGUCUCCACGGAGGACCAGAGUCUAGCGGUCACCCAGACCUUACCAGAGAUCUUUGCCUCCGCCACAGCGAAGUAUCCUAAUGCAUCCCAAGUGAAAAACAACUCAAGGGUACACUCACCUUCAGCGGAGCAGAUUGCAGAAGCUGAGCAACUCAAAACUGAAGGUAAUGACCAAAUGAAGGUAGAGAAUUUCAGCGCUGCCGUGGAGUUCUACUCGAAGGCUAUCACACUUAACCCUGAAAAUGCUGUUUAUUAUUGCAACAGGGCUGCUGCAUACAGUAAAUUGGGAAACUAUGCCGGAGCUGUCCAAGACUGUGAACAAGCCAUUGGGAUCGAUCCAAACUACAGCAAAGCGCAUGGGAGAAUGGGGUUGGCGCUUGCGAGUCUAAACAAGCACACAGAGGCGGUGAGCUACUACAAGAGGGCACUGGAGCUGGACCCAGACAACGACACGUACAAAUCCAACCUGAAGAUAGCGGAACAGAAGAUGGAGGCCCCGAGUCCGACAGGGGGAAUGGGCGGGGUGGACCUGGCCGGGCUCCUCAGUAAUCCCGGAUUCAUGAAUAUGGCGUCAAAUCUGAUGAAUAAUCCUCAAGUUCAACAGCUGGUAUCUGGGAUGAUGUCUGGAGCUUAUGCUGGUGCUCCUGGGGCACCUGGACCAGGAAUGGUACCCGGGGCGGGACCAGGAAUGGUACCCGGGGCGGGACCAGGAAUGGUACCAGGAGGGGUACCAGGAGGGGUACCAGGAGCAGUACCUGAAGCGGUACCAGCAGCUGGACUGGGGGCAGCACCAGCACCAGGAGUCGGACUUGGCGCCGGACUCGGAGGUCUUGGAGGCGGAUUAGGAGGAGGACUCGGAGGCCUAGGGGGAGGAGCCACAGCAGGAGGGGCGGGACCCAACGACCUCUCGGGACUCAUCCAGGCAGGGCAGCAGUUUGCCCAGCAGAUGCAGCAGCAGAACCCGGAGCUGAUUGAGAUGCUGCGAAGCCAGAUGCGCAGUCGACCGCCCAGCGCCAGCAAUGAUGACCAGCCCUGACCGCCACACAGGUGAGCCCUGACCACCACACAGGUGAAUGGCUUGUGCAAGGACUCCAGAAGACAGACUUGUCCGUUAUUUUUUAUUUGUAUAAUUGUUGCUGCCCCGGGGUAAUACCCCACAUGCUACCCCGGGGUAAUACCCCACAUGCUACCCCGGGGAUACCCCACAUGCUACCCCGGGGAUACCCCAUAUGGUUUAUGACAGGAGUAUUAUGAGCACGCCUGGCCCAGUCUUUGACUUCUCUUGUCCUGCCCAAUGAGUCACGUAGGAAUGACAGAUCUAGUUCCAAGCGUCUGGACUGGGGCUGGAUCCGAGCACCUCACCCAGACGCCAUCGCGGUAGCGCAUGCUGUGUGUAUAUAUGUAUAACAUGGGCUACUAACAUUUGCCAUUGAGCCGUGUCAUAUGGGAAUGAGUGGCCUGCAAGUGAGUGAUUUGUAACUGCUAAGGAGCCCCAUCUUAAGGCGGGAGGAGAGCUGGGGGCAGAGACUGCACUGCAGGGGUACGAUAUGGCAUGGGAGCCGGGCAGCCACAUAAGAUUAAACUAUGCUCAUCUCAUCUGAAGGUUCUGUUGUUCUCUGAAGCAGUGUGUUAGUGUUGCACAGUUGGUGUUGCCCUGAGUCCAAUUGUGACAGAUUUAUGAAAGUAUAUCAACACAUGACAACUGCCCCUCCUUUUUCUUUGUCCCACGACACUGUCAUUUUGAAUAAAAUAAAUUGGAAAUUUUACAUCGUAAA